AUGUAAAAUGGAUCAAAUUUACCUACACAGACGGGAGAAGGAAUAGGAAAACCCGGAGUUGAAGCCGUCGGGAAGAGAGAGGACGAGAGAGGGAGAGGGAGAGGGAGAGAGGGAGAGAGAGAUCACGAAGCCCUUCUCUACCUCCAGAUCUCUCUCAGGUCGGUCCAUUUUGUCUUUUUGAUAUGCUUACAGGAGAGAAUGAACCUAUCUCACCAAAGAGAGAAAUAGUCUUUGAUAAUGUGCAGAAAAGUAUUAAUGAGAAUCACAGUAUAGGUUUAAUGGAGCAACCAAUUGCUGAAGAUGACAGAGUAAAUAGUUCUACCAACAUGGAAAAUGGCAUUCAUCACAAUCUUGCUGACAAGGAUGAGAGUGUUGAUGAACUUAGGCAAAUGGUCGUUGAGCUCAGUUUUCAAAAUGAGUACUGGAAAUCACAAUUAGAUCACCUAAAAUCUGAAUUUCGUCCAGAAUGUGCUUCUGAUCAAGAGAGACAUGGUAGAGAAGAUGCAGGAUCUUCAGAGGACGACAACAACCUCCAUGAGCAGAUAAAAUGUUUAUGUAAGGAGAUUCAAGAGAAGAAGGAAACACAAAAGGCAGCAGAGGAUGCUUUGGAGCAUCUCCGUAUAGCCUACUCGGAGGCUGAUGGAAAGGUCCAAGAGUUGUCUGCAAAGUUAAUUGAAGUUCAUCAGAAAAUGGAACAAGAAAUAAAGGAGCGUGAUGAGAAAUAUGUUGAGCUGGAUACCAAGUUUGGAAGGCUUCAUAAACGUGCAAAACAGAGGAUACAAGACAUACAAAAGGAAAAAGAUGAUCUCGAAGCACGCUUUAAUGAAGUUAAUAUGAAACUUGAGCAAGAAUCUUCUCAGCAAGCCUUAGUACAACAGGAACUUGAACGCAGUCGUCAACAGGCUAGUGAAGCAUUGAAAUCAAUGGAUGUUGAAAGGCAGCAAUUAAGAACUGCUAACAGCAAACUUAGAGAUAAUUUUGAUGAGAUGCGUCGCACAUUGGAAGCUAAAGAAAACGCUCUUGAGGCAUUACACCAGUCCAUCUUUGAAAAAGAGCAGAUGUUGGAACAAGUUCGGAGUUCGCUGCAGGCAUCAGAAGAAAAGAGACACACCUCAAUCUCAGAACUUGCUGCUAAGCAUCAAAAGAAAAUAGAAAGUUUGGAGGCACAACUUAGUGAUGCUGUAGCAGAAAGUAGGAAAGCAGCCGAAACAAUUUCUUCUCUCCAGAUCAUCCUUUCUGAGAAAGACUCAAAGAUAGCAGAGUUGGAUGCAGCUUCUACAGGUGAAGCUGUGAGACUUGGAGCUGCAUUGGAGAAAAUGAGGGGAGAACUUAAUCAUCUUAGAGAUGAGCAAAAUAAAGAAAAACAAGACUGGGAAGCAGCAUGCCAUGCUCUUAGAACUAAAUUGGAGGCAUCUGAGAGUAACUCUUUACAGUCUGAGAUUGAAUUAGCUAAAGUGAAAAGUCAAUUGGAACUAGAAUCUUCUACAAAAUACCAAAUGUUGAGUGCAAAAGAAACUGAACUUUUAGUUGUGAAGGACGAGGUGAAGCGACUUGAAGAAGAUUUUUCUGCAUAUAAGGUCCGUGCCCAUGCACUUCUCCAGAAAAAAGAUGCUGAGCUAGCUGAAGCUAAGAACUCAAAAAUGCUCUUGUCUCUUGAGCAAGCUUUGAAGGAAGCUGAAACAGAAAUAGCUUUAGCAUUAAUGGAAAGGGACAAAGCUACUCAAGCUCUUGAAGAUGCUUUGAAAGAACAUGUUAAAGAGAUCAAUGCAAGGGAUGUUGUGCUUGAUGAUGUCAAUAGUCAAUUAAGAAGUAUAACUAUCAAGCUUGAGGCUACUACUGCCCAGUAUAUGUCAGACAAAGAUAUGUGGCAGAACAAACUGGAUAGUAUGGAAGAAAGUUGGAGAGUGAAAUAUAAAACCUUGGAAUCUCAAAAGGUUGAACAUUUUGGAGAUCAUUUACAAAAUGAGGUGGAUGAUCUUAAGAAACGUUAUGAGCAGCUGAAGGAAGAACAUGAUGUAUUUCGUGAUAUUGCGGAAAGAACAAUUGAAGAAAAAGAUAAGGAAAUAGCUAAGCAAAUAGAAGAUAAUAAGAAUCUUCGUCUCUCAUUGGAAUCAAAUCGUCGAGUUGCAAAUAGUGAGACACAUAAUGAAGUUUCUCAAAAGCAGGAUGCACAAUCCUCGAGCAUUGCAGUGGCUGAACAGCAAAUACUGCUUCUAGCUAGGCAACAAGCUCAGAGGGAGGAAGAGCUUGCUCAGUCGCAAAGACAUAUUUUAGCACUUCAAGAAGAGAUUGAAGAGCUUGAGCGUGAAAAUCGUCUUCAUAGUCAACAGGAAGCAAUGUUAAAGGAGGAACUUCGGAACAUGGAUAGAUCAAACAAACGGGAAGGAAUUGAUAUGAUGUAUCUGAAAAAUGUCAUCUUAAAACUGCUAGAAACUGGUGAAGUGGAAGUAUUGCUUCCGGUGGUUGCAACAUUAUUACAAUUUAGCCCUGAAGAGAUACGGAAAUGUCAACAAGCAUACCGCUCCUCUAAUGAUUUCAUCUCCAGUCCAGCUGCAGCUUCAUAUUCGGAUGCAUCUACACCAAAGUCAUCUCUCUUCUCUAGAUUUUCAUUCUAGUGAGACCGUGGCAUUCUUUUUGUUCACCAUCACCCGAUAAUUACAGAGAGCUGCCUUGUAUUAUCUUCUAAGUGUUCCAUGCUGUUUCAAGGAAUUCCAAAGGAACCAGUUUGUGACCAUCGUUGCUGUACCUAUUUGUGUAUAUAACCCAUUACCAAAAGCUAAAAAUGGAACCGGUUUUUUCCUUCUCA